AUGCGCGCGGCCCUGCGCCACGCCGGUGAACGCCCCGGCUCCGUCCGGGUGCGCAAGCUGUGGGUCUGCCCUGCCCCGCCACCUUCCAGCCUCGCCGCCGGCAAGAACGGCACACAGCGCCUCCGGGCUCCGGCCAUGGCGUGCCUGCCCCCGCCCCCGGGGCCGCACCACGCGAGCUCCCUCCCGGAGUUCGCCACCGCCCCGGCCUCCCGCGCGCACCGCCCGCCCGCGCGCGCCGCGGUGCGCGCCGACCGCCCGCCCCCGCUCGAGCUGCGCCCGCGCCCGCCCAGGGAGUCGCAGGCCCGCGCGGCGCUCCGCGCGCUCGCCUGCUGCAGCGACCACGCGCCCUGCGGCAGCGACCAUGGCCGCCGGCGGAGGCCGCCCCGCCCCGCCGCGCCGUGUGGGAUGUCGCCGCCCCGCGACGUGCGAGCUCCGGUCCGUCGGCGCCGCCGGGCCUCGGAGUAG